AGCAGGUCGGAGUAGAAUAAUAAUAUCAAAGCUUUUACGGGGAUGGAGAAUGGAAGCCGAGAUUAGAGGUAAGAGAAGAUCAGAGAGGUUACUUAACUUUCUGUUUAUCUCUUACUUUCUCUCCCAGGUUACGAGCCCUAGAGUGUUGUGUCGUUGUUCUUCUUAGUUUCAGAUUUUGAGACUCAUGAAUAGUUCAAUCUUUUGGCCAUCUUCGAUUUGUAGUCUCUCUCGCUGACGUGACUCGUUGAUCUCCUCAAAAUCAUGCAGGUUGAUGCAAGCUGUGAAUUGUGAUAUUUUAAAUCCUGAACCUUUUACAAGCUUGUGAGCUGGAUCUCUGUACCAAAUUGCCUUCGCAGUUACAUGGAUCCUAAUAGUUUCCUUGAUGAAAAAUAUGAGAGCAGACUUUAUGUUGGGAAUCUCGAUCUAAGGGUGACUGAAGCUGCCUUGAUAAAGAUGUUCUCUCCAUAUGGGAAAAUUGUGUCAGAAGACUUCUUGUGGCAUACCCGGGGGCCAAAACGCGGAGAGCCCCGUGGCUUUGCUUUUAUUCAAUAUAGCACCAAAGAGGAAGCUAAAUUGGCCAAAGAGAAGAUGCAUGGGAGAUUAGCGUGUGGCCGCCCUUUAGUUGUUCGUAUAGCUAGUGAGAAGUACUUGGAACAAGCAGCACAAGAUCCUUCAAAAGCAACGACAGGAGACACGAACAAAACCAGCCUUGUCGGCAGUUCAUCGGGGCAAAUGAGCCGAAGUGCUAAAAUAGCUGCAAUCAAAAGCAAACUGAAGUCCUUGGAGGAAGAAAGUGGCAGCGCCAAAAAGCAAAAGCAUUGACAGCAGUGCGA